AUGGCGACUAUUAAGGCCAUUGAGGCUAGAUCCGUCCAUCAAAUCCAAUCUGGCCAAGUCAUUGUCGACCUGUGCUCCGUAGUAAAGGAAUUGGUGGAAAACGGUCUAGACGCCGGAGCUACAAGCAUAGAAGUCCGUUUUAAAAACCAAGGCUUAGAUUCCAUUGAAGUUCAGGAUAAUGGUUCGGGCAUAUCCAAAGAAAACUAUGAAACGAUAGCGCUUAAGCACUAUACUUCCAAGCUUUCUACUUAUUCGGACCUUGCUUCAUUACAGACGUUUGGCUUUCGAGGAGAAGCACUGUCAUCCCUCUGCGCCUUAUCCAAGUUCACGAUAACCACGUGUCUAGCAUCUGAUGCCCCAAAGGGAUCGAGGCUAGAGUUUGAGACAUCCGGAAAACUUCGUAGCACUACAGUCGUAGCCGCUCAAAAAGGGACCACUGUGGUAAUUGAAGGACUUUUUCACAAUUUACCCGUCCGUCGUCGUGAAUUGGAGCGAAAUAUCAAACGAGAGUGGAAUAGGGUCAUCGGUGUCCUCAACCAAUAUGCCUGUAUCAAAACUGGUCUCAAAUUUUCCGUGUCCCAGCAACCGACCAAAGGGAAGCGAAUGGUACUAUUUUCAACUAAGGGAAACCAGACAACUCGCGAAAAUAUUGUCAACGUGUUUGGAGCAAAAACCCUGGCCGUUCUUAUUCCUCUAGAGCUAAAGCUAGAGUUGGAACCCACAAAUGCACCGGGCCAGAAAUGGGCCGGCCAAAAUGACGAUGGUAUCCAAGAAGUCCAUAUCAAGGGACAUGUAUCUCGCCCUGCCCAUGGUGAAGGUCGUCAGACCCCUGAUAGGCAGAUGUUCUUUGUGAACGGCCGUCCCUGUGGCUUACCACAGUUCGCCAAGGUAUUCAAUGAGGUGUAUAAAUCUUAUAAUGCUUCCCAAUCCCCUUUUAUCUUCGCAGACAUCCAGCUAGACACUCAUCUAUAUGAUGUUAAUGUCAGCCCGGAUAAACGUACAAUUCUUCUACAUGACCAAACCCGCAUGCUCGACAACCUCCGAGAGUCGUUGGUUUCCUUGUUUGAAUCACAAGAUUAUGCGCUCCCGACGUCGCAGUUGUCCAGUAUAAAAUCGACACCUUUUAAGAAGCCUUCUAUCAGCAGGCAAAAUACUCCCUUUUCCCAGAGUGGAUCAAUGCCAUCUACGUCGGCCAAUAACUCACAGCGUCAAAGUUCCGCCUCUGUGAUUCCAAACAACAGCGUUGGGGAUGACGAGGAUGAAGACGACAAAUCUGUAGACGAGGCUAUGCCACAUAGCUCGGCCUCGAGGAAGACACCGACUCAUGACGAUAAAAAUAUCAACUUGGUGAGCCGAUGGGCCGAACGUAGAUCGGCACAACGUGCUAACACCCCUCCGACAACGAGUAAGAUAUCAGAAGAUCACGAUCAAGAAACAACAAAAGAAGCCCGAAAUAGCUCUACUAAAUUUACAAGGAAUAACGUAGAAGAAGAAGAAGAUGGUGAUGAUGACGAUUUGGAAGGCGGCGCUCAGGACCUGCCAGCACCCAUUAUAUCCCCAGCUGAAGCACCUAGCAAGGAAACUGAUUUUCGUGCGCGCCUCGCAGAAUUGAGCAGAAACAAAGCAGACAGGCGUGACAGCAGUCCUCUAGAUGAACCACCAAUACCUGCUGUAUCUACAUCAUCCCGCGUGUCGGACAUCAGGUCCAGCAGAGUUAGCUCGUCUGCAAACUUGAAGCGAUCAGCACCCGAAGUUGCUACAAUUACAGUAGGUAACCAUACCGUCACUAGUAUUAUCGGUUCCCCUUUGAAGAAACCACGCGUAGAAGACAAUAAUGGUCGAGCUGCAUCGGUGAGACAACGAGUAAUUAAAGAGUCGGUCACAAUCCCUACCUUCAAUGGGCGCUUGACCCAGAUGUUCGCAGCCUAUUCACAAUCAAAACAAACCGACUCAUCACGUAUCGAAACAACUGCUAAGACAACGGAUGCCUCGGAAGAGUCCGACGCUUCUAGCGAACAUUUAUUCGUGCAAGGCGAUGAUGAGGAACAGGGAGAUGAUCAGGAAGACGAACAUGACGACGAGCAGGAAAAUGAAAAAGCAGCUUCUGUCCAGAGCAAGGAAGAUGAAGAAUUUCUUGAAGGGGAAGAUCACGAUUCCGACUAUCAGCCUCCAGAAUCUAAAGCUAUUGAUGCCGAGUUGCAAGACGACAUACCACCAUCGCCAACUCAACCAACUGGCGAUGAACAUCCAGAUGAUCAAACAGAAGAAACGGCUGAAGUCCAAGUAGGUGGCACAGCUGAUGCUACUCAAGACGUAGCAAUAAGUACCUCCGAAGAGGCCCAAAAACGCACCCAAAGCUUUAUAAAGGGUAGUACGAAGAAAAAAGACAUGACAUUGCCCUUACUACAGACGUUACGUGUGGAUGAAGACCAAAUACUCGAUUCCUUGAAGAUGCACCAGGACUAUAUGAAGGAUACCUCCUUAUCAACAAGUUCCAAGUUAGUCACAGACAGACUGGACGCCGAAGAUGCCGAGGAGAAGCUAUCCCUAACAAUUUCGAAGUCUGAUUUUGGAAAAAUGAGGAUCAUCGGACAAUUCAACCUAGGCUUCAUUCUAGCAGUCCGUCCAGCCAACGCAGACCACAACGACCCCGAAGUCAAAGGCGACAGAGACGACGAGCUCUUCAUCAUAGACCAACACGCGACAGACGAGAAGUACAACUUCGAACGUCUGCAAGCCAACACAGUCGUACAAUCGCAACGCCUAGUCCAGCCUAAGACCCUUGAGCUCACAGCGCUCGAGGAAGAGGUCAUCAGGGAGAACAUCCCCGCGCUGGAAGCAAACGGGUUCAUCGUCAGCAUGGACGAGAGCGGCGACCAGCCCGUCGGCUCCCGCUGCCAACUGCUCAGCCUGCCGCUGAGUCGGGAGACCACGUUUUCGCUCACGGACCUCGAGGAGCUCGUGUCCAUGCUAACGGACCACCAAUCCGCGUCCGCGAGCGCCGUCCCGCGCCCCUCGAAGGUGCGCAAGAUGUUCGCGAUGAGGGCCUGUCGCAGCAGCGUCAUGAUCGGGAAACAUCUUACCACGCCACAAAUGCAGAAGCUAGUACGUCAUAUGGGGGAGUUGGAUAAGCCGUGGAAUUGUCCCCACGGACGUCCGACGAUGCGCCAUUUGUGUGGCGUUGGCGCGUGGAGCGAGAUGGGGUGGAGGGAGGGGGAUGGCUUUGAGAGCGGGAGAAUGCCGGGGACGGAUUGGGGCGCGUAUGUUAGGGAGAAGAGUGGGUUGGAGUGAUACAGAUCCCUAAUAUAGUACAGUAGUAUUCACUGUGAUGACUUGGGCUUUACGACUACCCUGGAACCUUUGUGGUAAUAGCCCUUUUAUGGUAGAUUGACGACUGGAUAUGGAAGAAUGGCAUGUAAAUAGGAAUGGAUG